AGAUGCCGCUUUAUGACUGCAUGCUUUUGUUUAAACCACAUAUGAAUGUUGAGGCGUUGAUGGAUCUGGCCAUUAAGGUGGGGAAGCAUGUCUAUGGUAGAAAUGGAGUCCUCACAGAAAUAAAAUCUCUCGGAACUGUCCAGCUCGGCUAUGGCAUUAAGAAGCUUGAUGGGAGGUAUUAUCAGGGGAAGAUGAUGCAAAUGACGAUGAUGACACCGCCUAAUUUCAACAAUGAGUUGCAUUACCUGAACAAGGAAGACCGUUUACUUCGGUGGCUGUUGGUUAAGAAUCGUGGGGACCUUCAGCUCGAUUCUUACGAUCAAUAUGUACCUUUGAGAACUCAGGUGCACCAAGAGUUUAGGGGUGAUGAGAAAGAAGACAGUAGUGAUGAAGACACUGAGAAUAAUAAAACCGUCAAUACUCCAUUUUAAAUUGUUGAACUAAAAAAUAAAUAAAAAGUAGCUCUGUGGCUGGUCAUAGCUGCAUUUAAGUUAAACUGGGUGAGGUUGAGGCAUUUGCCCCCUUUUUGUUAUUUAUGUUCUGAAAUGUGAAAUGGAUAGUCCCCCAUGUUAGAACUUUGAACCAAGGAAACUCUCUGAUUUAUCUAGUGUACAACAAUUGCUUUGAUCAUCUAUGAUGGUACAUCGGUACCCCCCUCCCCCUUACUGGCC